GUGCUGUCGCCUGUCAUCCAAUCCAAUCCAAUCCAAAUUAUUUAUAUAUAUUAAUUGAAAACUUCACUUGUGGUCUGUGCUUGAAAAUAAUCCUAUAAAUCAUGAAACUACUACUAUAAUUCCAUGAUUACAAUUUUCGAGCUUACGUCGGAUACAAUUUACGAGAGUUUUCAAUCGAAUGUUACGCUACGCAGCGGUUUUUCAACACAUAGCACGGAAAUUUAGAUCAAUAUACAAUAUAAACUGAACAGUGAUCCAUGCAACAAAACAUCUGAGGAGAGUAUUUUUAAUUUUACACGGACAACAUUAGAACUGGCUACUGUCCCUUGUACACAGAUCACACUGCAGAGGUAUCUGUAAUGGAAGACAUAGCAACAGUUGUAGUGAAGAAAGAAGAUAACUCUGGCAACAUAUCAACUGCUAUGAGAUUGAUUUUUGAAGAUGACAAUUUCAUAGACAAUGACAACAAUGGAUGUAUAUCUAGUGAUGAAGCAAGACUUCUGGAUAAUGCUACAUGUGAAGAUCUUCAUCGAAAAACUUUAGCUUCCUGCACUACAGUUACAGAACAUGUGACAGAAACACAGAUUGUAAAAUGUGAAAUUUUUAAAUGUACACUUUGUUCUGAAGACUUUACACAAGAAAUUGAAUUAAAUCUGCACAUGAUUAUGCAUUGCCAGAAUGGUGACAGCGAUGCAGCAUAUGAUAAAUAUCAAGUGUGUAAGCCACAUUCAGCUGCGGGAUGCAGCUUGGACUCACCUGUGGUGAAGAAUGAGACAGGACUUCAGAAGCUCAAUGAUGACCUUCCAUCUGCAGCUUUGGCUCCAGCUUCAGACGCUCCACUGGCGGCGAGACUUGCGCAAAACAACGAAUAUGGAGUCGAGGCAACUAAAGUUACAGGUCUGAUCGAGAAAAGUGAACAAAUCCUUGAAAGUAACAUUGCCACUAAAACGUACACAGAUAUAAGCAGUUACACAAAUUGUGUUGUCCGCUUGUAUGAUAUUUUAAAGCAUCCCAAGAAAACUGCACCAGACGAUAAUUCACGCGUGAGUGCCCGCAGUGGCGCGAAACGUUACUCUUGCGAGCUAUGCCAUUAUAAAUCUACAUAUAAAUGUCAAAUAUUACUACACAUUCGAACUCACACUGGUGAAAAACCCUUUCCUUGUGAGUUAUGCAAUAAAAAAUUUUC